AGAUCAAAAACUAUGUAUGGACGGUAUGAACUGCUUAAAUAAGAAUUCUUGGACAGCGAACCACUAUUACUAACUACGUUAAAAAAUUUCCAUUAAUAAAAGAGAAGCUUAUUUUCAUAAGCUCCGAGAAAGGGCACUAAGAACUGUUAAACACAAGACAAAUAAUUCAACAAAUAAUCUAAGUUUCAAUGGAGGGUAUAGAGCACAGAAUAGUGAAGGUAAAUGGCAUAAACAUGCACGUUGCAGAGAAAGGCAAAGGCCCAAUAAUUCUCUUCCUCCAUGGCUUUCCUGAGCUUUGGUUCUCCUGGAGGCACCAGAUCCUGGCCUUAUCUUCCUUAGGGUACCGCUGUGUGGCUCCCGACCUCCGUGGGUUCGGCGACACCGAGGCGCCGCCUUCGCAGACCAGCUACACGUGUCUGCAUGUGAUUGGCGACCUGGUUAUGCUGAUCGAUGGGAUUGCCGGCAAGGAUGAAAAAGUAUUUGUGGUGGGACAUGAUUGGGGCGCUUACAUGGCGUGGUACUUGUGCCUGUUCAGACCUGAUAAAAUCGCAGCUUUGUUUAACACAAGUGUGGUGUUUAAACCCUUUUCGGGGAACAUAAGACCUCUUGAUGGCUGCAGAGCUUUCUUUGGUGAUGACUAUUACAUCUGCAGAUUUCAGGAACCAGGAGAGAUAGAAGGUGAGAUUGCAGAGCAUAUUGGUGUAGAGAGAUUUAUAAAGGGAUUCCUAACAUAUAGGAUUCCAGGUCCAAUUUAUUUGCCUAAAGGGAAAGGAUUUGGGCAUUUACCUGACACUCCAAUUGUCUUACCCCCUUGGUUGUCAGAGGAAGAUGUCAAGUACUACACCACCAAAUUUGAGAAGACGGGAUUUACUGGAGGAGUUAACUAUUACCGCAACUUGGACUUGAACUGGGAACUCGUACAAUGGUUGGGAGGUAAAGUAAAUGUACCAGUGAAAUUUGUGGUGGGGCAGGAGGACCUCUGCUAUCAUUUACCAGGAGUGAGAGAGUAUAUUCACAAUGGUGGAUUUAAGAAAGAUGUUCCGUUGUUGGAUGAGGUAGUUGUAAUGGAAGGAGCUGCCCACUUCAUUCAACAAGAAAAGCCUGAGGAGAUUACCAAACACAUUUAUGACUACUUACAGAAAUUCUGAUUAGCCCUCCUGCUUUCUGGACUUUUAUCUCAAAUGUUAUGUAUGUCUAUCACUGUUUUAGAACCCUGGAUCGGACCGGUCAGUGCGAUCGGCCCGACCAGGACCCAACAGCCUCUCUGGUUCGCUUCCAGUUUUAGGGAGGUUUUUACUAUAUUUCAAAUUUAUAGGGACUCAUUGUAAUUUUCUAAGGAUGUUUUAAAAUAUGUCAAAACUUUAGGGAUUAAUUGGUAAUUUUUUUGGUAUUUUUAAAAAUAAAUAAAAAUU